AUGAGCGACUCGGAAGCUUCAUCUUGCGUUCCCACUCCUACUCUCACUACCUACUCGCCAAACGAUAAGCGAUGGACAAUUGAUCUGAAUUUCCCCAAGAAAUUUGCUCAAAUGCAAAGACAGCCUACUUCAUUUCACCAUUCCGGUGGGUCAAUCAAAUCUACUACUGCUGGACAUAAGCUCACUUCCACUUCCUCAUUUUCUUCACCAAUUGGAGCCAAGGGAUCACUUCAAGAUCCAACUAGAGAUACCGAAAGUAUUCAAGGAUCACCUAAAGUUGGCUCGAUCAGUAGGAGCAAUACCAACGAGUCGCCUAUCAAUAGAUUCUUCAAAAAUAUCUACCACACUGCGAUCAGUACUGGUAGUGGAUCCGGCUCACCGACUAUGGCUAUGGCAAGUGGCAGUGGCGAAUCUGGAGAGGGUACGAGUGCAAUGUCCAGAUCGUCUUCUUUGACGAAGAAAUCGGCGUUGGUUGAGGAGAAGAAGAAAGAGUACCUCGAUUAUCAAAAUUAG